UCUUGAUGAUAGCAAUCUCAAGUGCUGUAAUAAUAACGCCCCCAUCAAAAAUACAACGUGUAAAAUGAGAUCAAGGAGAGUCGGGCAUCCGUAACAGGCAAUUUCAGUUCUGUUUAGGGCUAAGUUCUAAUAUCUCCCGCUAACCCUCUUCCGGCCGGCCUGGAAAGCCAAUGACCUAAUGACGACGCAACCCUGACACAUUAUUUCUCUAGGAGCUGCUCAGAGCCGAGAAUGGCACAAAGCAGCGGAGGUGCCAUGCGACUGAACCUGCUUCUCUGUCGCGAUGACGUAGGACUGCCUGGGAGUACAGGAAUAUAUAUAUAUAUGCGUUGUGAGGAUCGAUCCUGCAGGGGGUUCUGUCAUAGAUCGACCAGACAUCUACAUCAAUCGACAUACACAAGAAUACAUUGAAAAGCUUGAACGUUGCACCAUGUCUUUCCUUCCAAAAACCAUUCUCACCACGACCCGGGUUACUGUUGCCCCCUCCUACCGCACAUACAGAUCAUUUUCGAUAACCCUGGCGGCUAAGAAGGGCCCGGUCGAGGGCACCAAGGACGCGCUCAAAAAGGUUGAUCGAACCGUGUCUGAUGCUGCUGUAAAGGGCAUUGAGACUGGCGAGAAAGCCACAAAGAAGGUGCAGGAGACCGUUGGAACCAAGGGUCACGAAGCAGCGGCUAAGGCCAAGGAGGUUGCCGGCGAAGCCAAGGCCAAGGGGUCCGAGCUAAAAGACCAAGCAAAUGGAAAGGCAUAGGGGUUUCGAAGCAAGACGAAGUCAAAAAAUUCAAAUGAGCGCUUGAAAUGUGUUUUCAUCAACAUCC